AUGGCCAACCCCCAAACCACAGGGCUCUCCUGGGAAAUCACUUGGCUUGCAGUUGUCAUCUGUACCCAUCUACAGAUAAACGCAGAGCAGGCGCAAGGUGCAUACUUCUUGCCUGAGUUUGCACUUUCUCCACAGGGGAGUUUUCUUGAAGAUACAACAGGAGAACAAUUCCUCAUUUACCGCUAUGAUGAUCAGACCUCCAGAAUUGCACGUUCUGAUGAAGAUAAAGAAGGGGCCUGGGAUGCGUGGGGAGCAUGGAGCGAUUGCUCGCGGACUUGUGGAGGGGGAGCAUCAUAUUCUCUAAGGAGAUGUUUAAAUGGCAGGAAUUGUGAAGGUCGGAAUAUUCGAUACAAAACCUGCAGCAAUAACGACUGCCCUUCAGAUGUUGGUGACUUCAGAGCACAACAGUGUUCAGCCUACAAUGAUGUCAAGUACCAAGGACAUUUUUAUGAGUGGCUUCCUGUGUAUAAUGAUCCCAGUGCACCCUGUGCCUUAAAGUGUCAAGCUUUGGGGAAACAAUUGGUUGUGGAGCUUGCCCCAAAAGUACUAGAUGGUACUCGCUGUAAUAUUGAAUCCCUGGAUAUGUGUAUCAGUGGAAUAUGUCAGGCAGUAGGCUGUGAUCGACAACUUGGGAGUAAUGCCAAGGAAGACAACUGUGGAAUCUGUGCAGGAGAUGGUUCAACAUGCAGGCUUGUGAGGGGACAAGCUAAGGCACAUGUUUCAUCAGAAAAAAGGGAAGAAAUUGUGAUUGCUAUACCUCAUGGGAGCCGCAGUGUGAGACUUACACUGAAAGGACCAGCACACCUUGUUAUUGAGUCAAAGACACUACAGGGAGACCAGGGAGAACACAGCUUUAAUGUCCCUGGAAUAUUUGUCAUAGAAAACACAACUGUUGAAUUUCAGAAGAGUUCAGAUAGAGAAACUAUAAAGAUUCAAGGACCUCUGGGAGCAGAUUUCAUUAUCAAGACCAGGUAUACUGCCCCAAAAGACAGUGUGGUUCAAUUCUUUUUCUAUCAACCCAUAAGUCAUCAAUGGCGACAGACAGAGUUCUUCCCGUGUACUGUAACAUGUGGAGGAGGUUAUCAGCUUAACUCCGCUGAAUGUGUGGAUAUUCGUUUGAAGCGAGUUGUUCCUGAUCACUACUGUCACUACUACCCAGAAAAUAAGAAACCAAAGCCUAAACUAAAGGAAUGCAACAUGGAUCCCUGUCCUUCUAGUGAUGGAUUUAAAGAAAUCAUGCCCUAUGAUCACUUCCAGCCUCUUCCUCGCUGGGAGCAUAAUCCUUGGACUGCAUGUUCUGUUUCCUGUGGAGGUGGAAUUCAGAGGAGGAGCUUUGUUUGUGUAGAGGAGACCAUACAUGGAGAGAUACUGCAAGUAGAGGAAUGGAAAUGCAUGUAUGCCCCCAAGCCCAAGGUCAUGCAAACCUGUAAUCUAUUUGAUUGUCCUAAGUGGGUAGCUAUGGAAUGGUCUCAGUGCACGGUGACCUGUGGCCGAGGCUUACGUUACCGAGUGGUAUUGUGUAUUGACCAUCGUGGCCAGCAUGUCGGGGGCUGUAAUCCACAACUUAAGCUACACAUAAAAGAAGAGUGCAUCGUGCCAGUACCAUGUUGCAAACCAAAAGAAAAAAUUCCUGUAGAAGCUAAGCUCCCCUGGUUCAAACAAGCACAAGAAAUAGAAGAGACCAGAACAGCAUCAGAAGAACCAAUGUUUAUUCCAGAACCCUGGUCUCCAUGCAGUACUACUUGUGGUCGUGGCAUUCAGAUGCGAGAUGUGAAGUGCCGUGUUCUUCUCACAUUUACUCAGACUGAAAUGGAUCUGCCUGAUGAGGAAUGUGAAGACCCCAAACCAGCAACAGAACGAAUAUGCCACCAGCCAUCCUGCGACAGUGAUCCUGUCCCAUACACCCCAGAAUUUUCACGUGCGGAAGAUAGCAGUUUGAUUUAUGAUUGGGAAUACAUUGGUUUUACUCCAUGUUCGGCCACAUGUGUUGGAGGGACACAAGAAGCUAUUGCAGUGUGCCUGCAUGUGCAGACAAAACAAGCUGUCAAUGACACCCUGUGUGACAACGCCAUGCGACCACCAGCAAUGACUCGCACUUGCAACAUGAAACUGUGCCCACCACGGUGGGAAACUGGCCCCUGGAGACCGUGUUCUGCUACUUGUGGAGUUGGGAUACAGACAAGAGAUGUGUACUGCCAGCAACCUGAGGGAUCCAUUGUCACUAAUGAAGACUGCAAAGAUGAAAAGCCUCAUGCUUUACAAGCGUGUAACCAGAUUGACUGCCCCCCUGCUUGGCAUGUUGAAGAAUGGCAGCAGUGUUCCCGUACCUGUGGCGGAGGGACUCAGAGUCGCAAAGUUCACUGUAAGCAGUUGUUGACAGAUGGAAGCUUUCUGAAACUCUCUGAUGAGAUCUGCCAGGAGCCUAGAUUGUCUGCUCAUAAAUUGUGUGCCAAAGUUGAUUGUCCCCCUCAGCUAGUUGCAGGGGAAUGGUCCAAGUGCUCUCUAAGCUGUGGUGUUGGAAUCCAGAGAAGGAAACUUGCCUGCCAAAAGCUAACAGCAAAGGGCCAAAAUGUCACAUUAAAUGUAUCAAUGUGUAGCAGUCUCCCUACUUCCUCACUUGUAAGGUCCUGUCACGUGAAUGACUGUAACAAGAUUAAACAAGAAAUUAAACCCAAGCGUCCAGAGAAGCAUGCUGCCCAUGGACCUCAGAUUGUCAGUAUACACCGAGUCUACAUACAGACACGGCAAGAGAAACGCAUUAAUUUUACCAUUGGAAGCCGAGCCUAUCUGCUUCCAAAAACAUCUGUUGUAAUUAAGUGCCCAGUACGAAGAUUUCAAAAGUCACUUAUCCAAUGGGAGAAAGAUGGACAACAUCUACAAAACUCUAAAAGACUUGGCAUCACUAAGUCAGGAUCACUGAAAAUACAUAGCCUUGGGGCUGCAGAUAUCGGAGUAUACAAGUGUAUUGCAGGCUCUGUGCAUAAAACAUUUGUUCUGAAACUUAUUGGCACUGACAACCGGCUAAUAGAACCUCCAACUUUUAGAAAACAUUCAAGUGAGACCAGUGGUACAGAUCACAAUGAAGCCAACAGUUUUGGAGCCAAAUGGCAUAAAAUGAGCAAAAUGUGGCAAAUAUGGAGUAAAAAGAAUGAGCUGUAUCUCGGUGAUGGACAAGUUAAUGAUCAACCAUUUCUGAGAAAUUUUGAAACCCAUGUGAGUAAUUCAGCAGAAGAAUACAGCCCUCCUGAGUUCAAGAACAAACGUCUGGAGGCAGCAAUUCUUCAAGGUGCUUACAGCAUGGAUACUGUACAGUUUGAAGAACUGAUAAAGAACAUGAGUCAACUCAUUGAAGCUGGAGAGGUCAGUGAUGAUUUAGCAUCCCAAGUCAUAUAUCAAUUAGUUGCUGAAUUAUCUAGACCACUACAACUUACUACUGAAAAAUGGAAAGGCUUGCAUGAAGAAAAGUUAGCCUCGAAGCUCACUGGUAAAUCACCAAACGUAUCUGAACGUUUCAGCACAAAAACCCUAGGCAAGCUGAUGUUCAAUCAAAAAGGACCUGGUAUUAUAAGGCAAAAACAAGUUCCCAGAAUUUCCUUUAAUAAAACAAUAACUGCACGAAUUGGAAAUACAGUUUUUCUGACCAAGAGUACUAGCGCUGUCAAUUUACUGUGUGAAACUACAGACAUUAGUGAGCCAAAAUAUACUUGGACAAAAGAUGGAGAAGCAUUAAAAUCCUCUGAGAAGGUGGUUUUGGAUGUCACUGGAAAAGUACAGAUUCUCAAUCCUACCCGAAAGGAACUUGGCAUGUAUGGAUGCAUGGUGGUCAACGACUUUGGUUCUGAUAUGGAAACUUCUUCGCUGUUGUAUGCAGAGGCUCCUGUCAUUUUGUCCCCUGGAAUAAAUGUCACAAAUCUGGAAGUUAGUAAUCUCUCUGUAACUGUUGGAGGUGUGAUAGUGGCAAGAAUUGGAGCAAACAUUACAAUUGAAUGUCCAGUGACAGGUGUUCCCCAACCAAAAGUAACUUGGCUUAAGAAGAGAGAAUCCCUACGAAACAAUUCUUUCUUGCUUUUGAAUGGGUCCUUAUUUCUGCAGAAUGUUUCAUUUGAAAAUGCAGGAACAUAUACUUGCACAGCAACCAGUGCUCUUGGAAAAGCAGUAGCCACAUCUGUCCUACACUUAUUCGAACAAAAGUUUCCAGAGACUAACACUGUAUCAACAAAAAGUAGCAGGAGGAAGCGUGUCCUGAUGGCAUCUGGAAUUGGUACAAAUAUUAGUGUGAUACGUGGUGAUCUGCUAAGGAUAGGUUGUCCAGUGCAUCCUAAUCACGGAAACAUGAUUCGUUGGUUCUUCAGAAAUCGUCCCGUUGAGGAAGUUAAAGGCUUGGUAUAUAGAGCCUUGGUUGGGGGACGUAUCCUAGAGGUGAACACUGUGUCUGGUCAAUUUGCUGGACAAUACCGAUGUCGGACUUCAACUAGUGUAAAACCAUUGUCUGUUUGGGUAAAUGUCAAGAAGGAAGACUAUAAAUGGGAAUAUGCUGAGUGGAGUCCUUGCUCUGCUACCUGUGGGAAUUCAGGAACUCACUUCAGAAGGCUGCAGUGUGUGAAUUCCGAAGAACAAAAAGUGAAUGAAUCAUUAUGUGAAGACCGUCAGAAGCCAGUGGUUAGUUAUCAGUCCUGCAACAUACAUGACUGCCCUGCCAGAUGGGUAACUAGUCCAUGGUCUGAGUGCUCUGCUUCUUGUGGUAAUGGAUUUCGGCAACGACAAGUAACUUGUCAACAAGCAAAAGCAAAUGGCACUACAUUGAUGUUAUCACCAGACGCCUGUGUCGACAAGGAUAGUCCACUGGGAAAGAAAAUGUGCACAGUUCAUUCAUGUACAGAGUGGAUGAUUCAGUCAUGGGGACAGUGUUCUGGUCACUGUGUAGGCCAUGCUGUGGGUUUACAGCACCGUCACAUUAUAUGUCAACAUCGCAAUGGAUCUCUUGUUCCAGACUCUUAUUGUGAUGAAAGAAAAAGAUCAGCUGUCAGAAGAAACUGUUCUUCAGAGAUGUGUGAUGUGUAUUGGCGGACAGGUCCAUGGAGGCCCUGCAGCGUAGACUGUGGAAGUGGAUUCCAGUCACGACGAGUAAACUGUGUACACAGGAAGAAUAAUAAACCUGUGGCUGAUCAGUACUGUGGGUGGAGGAAGAGACCAAUGACCUGGCAACAUUGCAAUGUCACUUCCUGUGGCAAAGGCGAAUGCAAGGAUACAACUCACUACUGUACAUUUGUAAAACAUCUAAAGUUAUGCUUAAUAGACCUCUACAAACAAAGGUGUUGUCAGUCAUGUCAAGAAGUGUAA